AUGUCUACUACAGAAAAUGCGUACCAGGAACUUGCUCGGAUUUUCAGAAGCAGAGACAGUCGCAUUCUUGAAAUUGAGAUUCUGCCGCCGCAGGUUGGCCCACUCUUUCAAGAUGGGUGUUCGAUAGGCAUCACCAAGAAAUAUUUGGUACAGGCCUUUGUGACCGCCAGAUGUAUCUUCUUCAAGCAUUUGGGCUCUAUGCCCGACCUUAAUGCUCCGGGAAUGAAGUGCCCAGAUGCUAUUACAGAAGACGAAGCUUCGAUUGCGUCUCAGAUCAUCCUGCUUUUCGACUGUGAACAUACCACCGCAUGCAACUGGCGGAAAAGGCGACUUGAUGCCUUGAUCAAGGGCCCGGAUCUUCACAGUACGGACGUUGGUCGCGAGAGCCUGGCCCACGCCCUGGAAACAGAACGCUCUCUUAUGACGACCUAUCUAUGUUCUCCUCUACAUCGGCACACCAAGUCUCCAACACUAUGGCAACACCGUUUAUGGAUCUUGAACCAGAUGGAUAAAUUCCAGAGGCCAGGCCCAACAGUUCAACUAUCGCGAACUGCCGUUCCACAGCGACAAGAGCCCAAUCAAAGUAUGCUUGAUACGACGGCAAAGUUUCGGGAAAUGUUCCAGGCCGAGUUUGCCGUUGUACUUCGCGCAGGGGAGCUCCAUCCCAAGAAUUACUAUGCUUUCAGCUAUAUGCGCCGGCUUCAUGUGGCCUUGACUGACACACUGAACGAAAGCGAGCACAGGGCGGAGAGCUCCGCCCGAUUGGCUUUGCUCAUCACCGAAAAGGCUUUGGAUUGGUGUCUCGCUCAUCCAGCGGAUAUAUCUGGCUGGAUGUUUCUGCUCUAUUUGCUGGAAACUAUUUCGUACAGAGAAACUCUUCUGGCUAUCAUCAACAAAGCUGUCAAGUUUGGAGUGCACGUCCGCUGGGAAGGCGAGAGUCUUUGGACGUUUGUACACUUGGCUACUACGAGAUUUGAUGUGGUGGAAACUGUUUGGUGUCAGCUAUGUGGACGGGAGGAGGCAACGCAGACUCGUCUCGUCGCAAUGGAUACGCUGGCUCACAUUGCCAAAAGCGAGUCGAAAGAAUCGUGGAAGACAUGGAUGGCCAGGGCAAAGGCAUGUUGGUCGAGCGGCGAACUGGCAGCAUAA